AUGCAAAAAGGUAUUGAAUUAGCUGAACAGGCAGAUACAAAAGGAGUUCAAAUAAAAAUUGCGGGACGUAUGGAAGGAAAAGAAAUUGCACGUGUCGAAUGGACGAGAGAAGGUAGGGUUCCUCUACAAACCAUUCGAGCUCCAAUGGAUUUUUGUUCCGUUCCACUUGUAACUUUGUUUGGGGCACUUGAGCCCGCUUGGAUCACAUCUAGACAACUAGAAGCGGGUCGACGGGCAAUGUCACGAAAUGUUCGCCGGGGUGGACAAAUAUGGGUCUGCAUAUUUCCAGACAAACCAGUUACAGUAAGACCUACCGAAACGCGUAUGGGUUCGGGAAAAGGAUCGCCUGAAUAUUGGGUAGCUGUUGUUAAACCCGGAAAAAUACUUUAUGAAAUGGGAGGGGUCCCAGAAAAUAUCGCUAGAAAGGCGAUUUCAAUAGCGGCAUCCAAAAUGCCUAUACGAACUCAAUUCAUUUUUUCCAAAUAA